AUGUUUUAUAGUAUCGAUUUGCUUUCAGCUCAUCGAGGGAAGUUCGGGAUUAUAUGGCUGGCAGCUACCAGGGUAAGAAAACAACUAUCAAGAAAGGAACUAAAUUCUGUCAAUAUUGUUACUGCUUGCAAUGAAAUAACUUCAUAUAUUCUAGGAGAGACACAACUUCGACUCUCAUUGUACUUAGCAUCCCAGUUGACUUUCGGUAUUUGUAUCAUUUACAGAGAAAAAACUAUUGUUAUGCUACGUGACUUGCAAGAGCUAAGCCAGAAAGCUUCUGUAACUACAAGCCGGUCCAUUGACCUACCCACUUGUACUAAAUCUCGUACAAAGCGUAAAACUCGUGUACCAGUUGAUGAUCCUGAAGUACCUCUGUUAAACUUGUACAACGAAACAAGUGAUUUUGGAAAUCUUCAGUUGCCUGAUUUGUUUUGGCCCAGUAUCAAUGAACCUUGUCUGGAUUUCAUGGAUACACAAACUCUGUAUCAAGCACGAAAUGAAGACAUAACUUUGGUGGAAGACCCUUCGGUCGAGACAACUGGUACUCGUUUUUCAUUUGGUGAAGAUUUUUUGCCGGAGUUUAUCCUUGAAUCGAUAAAUCGUGAUCAUCAUACCGUUCAACCAGUAGAUUUAAUUCCUAUUGAGAUUCAAAAUGGCAAGAGACACAUUUCUAAACAUUUAGUACAUGAGAGUGAAGCUGAAGUUACAGAAUAUUCUGCAGUAGAAAGAUCAUGUUAUUCAGAUAAACCUCAGAGGCCGAUAACAACAAUACAAGAAAGUGAUGUCAUAUACGAUUCCGUAUUAAAUCAAUUUGUCCCCGUACGUACAGAGAUGGUGAACUCUUCAAAGGAUUUGACUAAUGCGAAAACGCUUGCUCAAGGAAGCGCUAAUGAAUGCAUAGUUUCACAGUCUUCUGACGUACCUAUGGACUCAGUCAAUGCAAUUUCAACUAAUGUAGAUAGUUCACUAAUGCCUUCUGCACAGUUCAGCACUGAAAUAAUCAAUAAUUCUACUCAUUUGGAAAACAUCAAACAAUCGAAUGUUGUAUUAGAACAAGUUGAAUUGACUAAAGAUUUUUUAACAGAAACAGAAAUGACUCAGAUAUUACCUCAGGAAGAAGAAGAAAGAGCCUUUACUAGUGCUUCUGAACAGAACUUAUGUCCAAUUUCGUUAUCUCGAUUAAAUCCAUUACAUCCUGUCGAAUCUGAGGAGAAUACGCAUCGUCGUCGUAUAAAAAAGCAUUCUAAUAAGCUCAUCAUUGAUGAAAUCACCCGACUAACAGCAUCAGAAUUACGCUGGAACAUGUUACAUGGCGAGGAGACGAUGGUUACACGAGACAUUUAUCUGGCUGAAUCAACUCCACGCAGUCAAACACGAUAUCUGUUGUCUCGGAGUGUUUCACGAUUAUUCUCUGUCCCCAGUAAUCUGGAAACUGCUCUUAGUUUAAGACUUUGUGAACUUUGGUGUUAUCAUCGGCGUUUAUGUGAAAAAGCUUUACAAAAAAGGAAAUUAGAUGAUUUGUCAAUAAAUAAUGAUGUAAUCCAAACUAAACGUCCUACUAAAUCAUUAUCAAUAAAAAUGAAUGCUAUUACAGAAGAAAAUGAAUCUUCAGUAGAAAUUCAAAGAAUUGCUGGAGAUCAUUCUUCUCUAAUUGGAUCUGAAUCUAUUUUUGGAACUAGUAAUAUAAUUGAUGUAACCAAUAAUCAGACGAUCAGUGUGCGUGAAUCAUUAGUGCAAAUGAAAGAAUCUUUUGGGGGUGCUAGUGAUCAACCUAUCCCAGAUAUCGUAACAAAUGUACGUGAUAAUACUGCUUCUGAAAUAACUCGUCAAGCCCUAGAUCUCCCUAUUCCAGGGACUUCAAUAUCUUUGCCUACUGAGUGUACAACAUUAGUUCCUGUAAUUGAAGAACCUGAAGAAAAUCUGCAACAACAAAAUGAGUUAGAUUCUUCGUCUGUUGUUCCCAAUUUAGUUGAAGCACUACCUGAUCAAUCUCAACUGCCUACUGAAGUUUCCUCUUUAUCGGGAAAACAUUUUCAUGAUAAAUCACAAUUAUGGGGAUAUCUCUAUAGUCAACUAAUAGAGUCAAAUUCUUAUUCGAUCGACAUUGAAAACCUUUGUCCAUUGGGUUGCAGUAAAAAACAAGCAGCAUUUGUAUUCAUGACGCUUUUAGAGUUUGCCAAAAAUCGCCAAAUUAUUUUAUCACAAUGCAUUGUAUUGAUUUUACUCUUGUGUUAUUUAUAUUUGUUAUCUAUUGGUUUCAAUAAUAAAUAUUCUCUCAAAUACUACUCCUCACACUCAAGGACUGUAUUGUUUUUGAUCAUAUAUAAUCCAAUAGAAACCAUUCUGGAGAAUAAACGUACGAUGUCUUCAGUGAUUUCUGACAAAAAGUGGAGCAACCUUAAAUGCAUUCUUGGACGUUCUGGUCCAUUUCAUCGGUCAGAAUUCGAGCCGUCAAAUGAACUCUUAAGCAUGGUUAGAGAACAUGUGAAAAUCCUUGUCAUUGGAGCUGGAGGUUUGGGUUGUGAGCUUCUGAAAAACCUUGCUAUGAUGGGGUUUUGUCAUCUGGAGGUCAUAGACAUGGACAUAAUCGAUAUUUCCAAUUUGAACAGACAAUUUCUGUUCCGAUCUCACGAUGUCGGCAAACCGAAAGCCAAUGUUGCAGCGGAUUUUAUCAUGCGCCGCAUUCCAACAUGCAAAGUUGUCCCACACUACAAUAAAAUUCAAGAUUUCGGUGCGCCGUUUUAUAAACAAUUUAAUGCUGUGGUUUGUGGUCUGGAUUCAGUCACAGCUCGGCGGUGGAUUAAUUCUAUGCUGGCAAGUCUGGUUCGUUAUAAUCCAGAUGGUCAACCAGAUCCAAACACUGUCAUACCACUUGUUGACGGUGGGACAGAGGGAUUUAAAGGACAUGUCCUUGUUGUUCUGUAUGGCCUGACUGGAUGCCUAGAAUGUACACUUGACCUAUACCCACCACCAACCAAUUUUCCCUUAUGUACUAUAGCGCAUACUCCUCGUCUUCCAGAACAUUGCAUAGAAUAUGUGAGAAUACUGUUAUGGUCAAAAGACAAUCCAUUUGGAAGUAAUGUUGCAAUCGACGGCGAUUCACCUGAACACAUACAAUGGAUAUAUGAAAAGUCAUGUGAAAGGGCUAAACAAUUCGGAAUUUCAGGUGUUACACUACGUCUUGUACAAGGUGUCGUAAAGCGAAUAAUCCCUGCUGUUGCUUCUACAAAUGCUGUUAUCGCAGCUGCAUGUGCAACUGAGGUCUUCAAACUAAUCACAUUCUGUUACAAUUAUUUAGAUAAUUACAUGAAUUUCAGUGAUAUUGAUGGAGUUUAUACCUAUGGUUUUUCUGUUGAACGCAAAGCUGAUUGUUUUGCCUGUAACAAUGUGCCACGAACUCUUCGAUUGCAGACUACUUGUACAUUAAGAGAUGUUAUAAAUGUUUUGAAGACAGAUCCUGAGUUUCAAAUGCAGUCACCCAGUAUAACAACAAUUAUUGAAGAUCAACAUCGUUCAUUGUAUAUCAAUCUUCCAGAACUGGUUGAUACACUUAAACCGAAUUUGUCUAAAACUCUUCAAGAACUUGGUCUUAUUAAUGGUCAAAUAAUUCAUGUUAGUGAUAUUACAACACCUAGAACAUUAUCUAUAAAGCUUCAUUUGGAUAAUAAUUAUAAUGCAAAUCAUUUGAUCACUAUCAAUUAA